GUUUACACGAUGCUACAAGGUUAUGCUGACGCACAUCCAUAUGGCCGUCGCCGCCAUGAAGUCCCUAGCCGUAGCUUCUCCAGCGCUCCUUGCGACGCAUGGCCACUUGUACAUGAACGGAGAUGCGGGUGCGCCUUCGGUAUUUAGCGACGCUGUGGAUAUGGUCGGGUUUGGCUGAGCUCACAGGAACGCGCGCGUCGUAUGCGAGGGACGUCCGGGCUGUUUCCAGGACAGAUGUAACGCCCAUCAACGCAUCAAAUGUACAUCGCCAGCGACGAAGUUUCGAAGCGAUAAAUACAGCCGAUCCCUUGGCCAAUUCGAGCAGCUACUAUGCCGAAUUGUCCCAGCCUGGGUAUGGUCUCUGGAUCUGGACGAACAUCGGGCGCCUUACUCGCCUCCGUCAGCGGAAUGGCCCCCACAUGCCGUUGCCGAUCAUUGGCCACUCAUCCGGCAACUCAUCCAGCUCGGUGAAGACCGUUACUUUUGAUCAGGAUGCCUUGAAGACGUACUUCCUGCCUGUAGCGAUAUUUGUGGGAUUCCUUCUCCUCAUAUUUCUGAUGACGUGCUGUAGCGGAUGUUUCGUGUGGUGGACACGAAAGACAAGGCUGCAGCGCACGCAGAAAGAGCCCUACACCUUUGCGCAGAAGGCGCGAACUGGAACCAGCCUAGGCAUCAUCUCCCUGUUCUGGGUAGCAGCUAUAGCAUGGGGCUUCUCAGCCACACAAUACCUCGACCGCUCAGUCUACAUCUUCUCCGACUCCACGGACUACUCCUUCCGGAACGUCAAAAACACCGUCACGAACUUCAGCGCGACAGUCAACGACACAUUCCUCGCCGUCGAAAACGGGACCUCCGCCCAAUUACGUACGGCUGCCCAUUACUUCACGGCCUCUGAGAGCGUCGCCCCUAUACAAUCCCAGAUCGCCACCCUCGUCAGCAGCAGCCAGGCAAUGGGGAAUCUGACAACCGCGCUCCUCAACAUAAGCACCACCUUUAUGAACCAGAAAGCAGCCCUAGCAAACACAGCCAACGGAGACGUCACCAAACUGCAAACCGCCCUCAUCGAUAACAACGACGCCGCAACCCUCCUCACCUCCUUCGUCAACUUCGACUCCGGGGGCGUCAAUUACCAGUACAAAUGGAACGUCUCACCGGUUCCAACCGUACCGGACGAGACCACCUUAGACACCCCACGCGAUGCAGCGAUGAACUCGGAUAGUCUCACUGACCAGUUGGUGAAUUAUUUGGCUACUGUACCGGACAUGGCAGCGAUCGCGGUGUCGGCGGCAGGCGCGGCGGGAGAUUUGCCGAGCACGUUAAGGGGUGUGCAGGAAGUUGGGAUUGUUGAUAUACAGAAUAAUUUCACGUCGACGGUGGACGCGCUACUCCGAAUGGACAUCGUAGGAGCACUGGCGGCGUUGAAUGCUUCGAUUGAUGAUGUUCAGCCGACGGUGGAUACGAUGGCGGCCGUAUAUCCGAAAUAUAAACUAUACAGAUGGUUCAUCCUGGGUAUCCUCUUCUCCUUACCGGCAGUGAUCUUAGCAACGGUGCACAUCGGCAUUGGGCGAAAGAAACCCGCUGUUGUCCGAUGUUGCUUGUGUGGAGCUGUGCCGUAUACGCUGUUGGCACUGUUUUCGACUGUUGUCUUGUUGUGCGCUAGUAUUCUUCUUGGGGAAGCAUGCACCAUCAUAUCCGACCGCAGCACCAACGGCACAGCUACAAUGACCUCCCUACUCACAUCCCUCAACCCAACCGCAUCAACCACCUACACCAAAGCCCUCCUAGCGCGCGACAGCUGCAUCGCGCGCACAGCCUUUCUAGAGAUCUUGGACGGGGUCAUACCCCCCACGACUCUGAACUACUCGAUCCAAACCCUGCCUGCCAAGCUUGCCGGGAUUUUGGACGGGCAGGAGUUUGGGGGGGUUGCGGGGGGGAUGAGUGUUGGAGCGGUUAUUGGAGAUCCUGGUGACCUCUCGAUCGCGCCAUCUAUCGCUACUACGCUUUCUUCGAUUAUAGCAAAUUAUCCGAGCACGGAUUUGAUCGAUCUCCGCUCGGCUGUUGAUGCCCUGAAGACGACCGUCCAGAAGAUUAUAGACAGCCUUCACGGCACGUCUGCCGAAACCGAUGCCGAUAACUAUCCGAAAAUCCAGGCGUCGGAUGUUAACACCACCGCUGUAUUGCCUGACGCUCUCCAAGACGCAAUCAAUCGUCUGCAGCGCCGGAUAACCGCCGUCCGAAACGAAUACAUCUCUAUCCGCGAUACCGAGCUACAAGCCGUGUUGAGGCGGAUUACGGCCGUUGAAGACCUGCGAACUAGCAUGACACCGGCACUUAACGCAAUCAGCGACUCGGCUACCCGGAUCCCUUCAGAUUUCCAAACCGUCAACUCAUCGUUAACUAAUUAUCUCGACGCCAACAAACCGAAGAUCACGGACCGUAUCGCGGCAUCUCGCGCAGAUAUCAAAGCCAUGGCCCUCUCCACCACCAACACCAACCUCAACACAAACUACCGCUGCGACGCCCCCGCGAUCAAUACCGUAGACAUGGAACUAGCAAUCUGCGACGGCGCCCUCCCAUCCCUCGACGCCCUCCACCUCUCCCUCCUCAUCCUCAGCCUCACCGGCACCCUCCUCCUCCCCACCCUCCUUCGCGCCGCCCAUCGCCUAGCCGACCCUACCGCUAACAACCCCCUAGAAGACUCCAGAGAACGCACGCGCGCAAGAGUCUUGAAGAAACGCAUGGAGAGGAGGGUUAGGAAGGGGGACGUGGAGGCUGGGCAGGUUAAAUGGGACAUGCCCAGGGUGGAUAAAUUGGAGAUGGUGAAGGUGAGCAGAGAUGGUCCGCCCAACACCGGGCAUCUACGUCAACUUCACAGGACCCGCACACCCAUGAGCAACAGCCGCCCGUAACAUACACCCACGAAACCCCUCCCCAGCCCACCCGCGCAUACAUCAUCUCAGACACCACCAC